AUGAGAAAUUCGAGGUUAGCAGCUUUAAGCCCAUCUUAAGAUGGAUAACCUAAGAAAAUAAGUUAAAAUGAUUACAAAGAAAAAGAAUUGAACCAAAUUUACCGUUCAAAUAUUAUCAGUUAAAUAAAGCCAUCUACUUCUUAAUAAGGCAUUUAUUAAAGCAAUGGUCAAUCUUAAAAUGGAUUGGGUUUGUUGACAUAAAAUUCUUAGUAGAAAUUCCUAAUGCAGCAACCUCAGUCUGCUUAGACUAUUAGAAACUUUUCAGUCAAGAAUAAUAGCACACAUAUUGACAACAAAAUGUCUUAAAGCCAAUUAAAGCAUUUGGGCUAAGAGAAUUUAUUGAAUGCAAUAAGUAUAAAUAAUAAUACUAUGGCAGCAAGUUAGCAAAUGCAAGGAUAAUAGUUAAAUAAAAACGCAAAAAUGUAGAAAAGCUAAAGUCUGUAAAAAGGAAUAAAAGUUAAAUAGUAAUCUGGGUAGCUUAAAAGUUUUAAGAACUUUUAAUUGAGUAGCAAUGGAAAUAAAAUUACAGGAGAUAGCAAUGAAAACGCAGAAAAUGAAAACAACAAUGAAAAAAAUAAUUAAUUUGGUUUAGGAAAUAGCAACACUAAUGUUCUAAAUAUAUAGUUUAAUCCUUCCUCAACUUUAAAUCGAGUUUAAGACAAUGAUUUAGAUAUGAAAAAGUAAUUAGCAAAUAUCCGUUUACCUAAGCUUUCAGCUGCACCAUUAAGUGGAAAAGCUAAGGACAAGAAUCAAAAAAAUCAGUAGAAACUAAACAAUUUUGUUGACUCGCACAUGGGAAGCAAUGAAAAUGGGUAGGAGGAUGAUAAAAAUACUUCAAAAAAAAAUGACAAAGACCCUGAUUUGGAAAGAAUAAAAGAUCGUUUUAAACAAUAUAAAAAUUCCAAAGAUAUAACAAACUUUUUUGAUUAAAAGUCAGGAACUCCACCUAGUGAAAAUUAAAAUCCUUAAAGCGCUGGUUCAAAUGUAAUUUAGCAAAAUUAAACAAAGGAAGCCAGUAAAAAAGACGAAGAGCUAAAUAAAAUAUACGGAGGAGGUUAAGCUGCUACCAACUUCAAAAGUCUUCGUUCUAACACUCCAAAAUAGAAUGGAGGAGUCUUAGGUUUGAAGGCAAAUGCAUCUGCACCAUCUUUAUAGAUAACUCCUUAAACAACAUCUGCAUCUAUUUAAUAAUCUUUUGGAUUAACUGCUUUUUCAACAAAGCUAGGUCCGAAAAAGAAUUCUAUACAAUCACUUUAGUAAAAACAAUUAAGAUUGUUAGAUAGGCAAACAUACUAAAAUACCAACAGCACUAAUAAUUUAAAUCAACAUAACGCUUCAAGCAAUAACAGUCAUUCAAAGGAAGAAAUAGAUGAAAAGUUAACCAAAAAUGGGCCUCUGUACGUCAGUCACUAUGCACAUAGGAGUAAAGCAGGAUGUAAUUAUUAAGGUCCAAAAAAAAACUAAGAUAAUUUUAUCAUCCAUCCUAAUUUAAAUAAAAUGUCUAAUCGCUAUCUCUUCAGUGUAUGUGACGGACAUGGCGUUAAUGGGCAUGAAGUUUCUGAAUUUAUCAAAAAAACAUUUCCAAAAAUUUUAGAAGCACUUCUAGCAAAGGAUUUGAUGUGCUUAGACUAAGAAUACAUUUCAAGCUGUUUAAAACUAGCUUUUUUACAGCUUUCUUAAAAGCUUCUAGAAAGUAAAAUCGAUUGCACUUUCAGUGGAAGUACUUUUGUUUGUGUACUUAUGAUCGAUGAUAAAAUUUGGUGUGCAAAUACAGGAGAUUCUAGAGCUAUUUUAUGUAAAUAAACAAAGGCUCUUUGGAAUGCAGAACCUCUCUCAAAUGAUCAUAAAGCAGAUGAUCCUGAAGAGAAAAAAAGAAUCGAAGCUUGUGGUGGAAGAGUCGAUUCUUAUAGAGAUUACAAUGGUGAUCCUGUUGGCCCUGCUAGAGUUUGGAUGAAAUAUGAUGAUAUUCCUGGUUUGGCAAUGUCAAGAAGCUUCGGUGAUUUAAUUGCUGCUUAGUGUGGUGUUAUCUGUGAACCAGAAAUAAAGUUUUUCAACAUAGAAGACGAUGACAGGUUUAUUGUUAUAGCAUCUGAUGGUGUUUGGGAAUUUCUAAAUAACAGACAGGUAAUGGUGCACGUGAUGCCAUACUAUAUAAGAUAAUAACCUGAUAUGGCUUGCUAAAAGCUUGUAAAGGAAUCAACUCAAUUUUGGAAAUAACAUGAUGAUGUUGUUGAUGAUAUAACAGUAAUAUGCGUUUUUCUGCAUAAAAACAAGCCAAAGCUGAAUUCUCAGGCAAAAGAAAGUGACCAAGAAUAGAGUUAAAAUCCUAUAAAAACAAUUGAGUAAGAUGAUAAAGAGGAAGAAGAGAGUGUUUUAGAAGUAAAUGAAAAAGCAAGCGAAGAAGUAGACAAGACUCAUUCAAAAACAGAUGAUGGUCAUAUAGAAGGAACAGAAGAUAAAAGCACUGGAGGUAGAUUUUCUAAAAAUAAUUAAUAGUAAUAAAAGCUAUAAAGUCCAGUAAAUAGCUAGACCCAAGUAACUAUAAAUAUGAAAAAAAGAAAAGAGCAGAGCUAAUCGCAAAAAAAUAAUGAAGUUUCUAAAAUCUAAGGAGGCUCUUUAAUUUAAAAAUUUGAAUAAGAAGAAAAAGAAGUAAACGAUAUAUUGUAGAAAGAAUUCAACAAUUUAAAUGAAUUAGUAGGGGGUAAAGCCUAAGAAAAGAAGUAGGAUUUAUAAACUUAACAGCAAAAAGGCAAUAUGACAAAAAAUAAAUCAUAAAUCAAUAACUCGAAACCAGAUAAUAGAAAAAAAACAGAAGAAAAUAGUAAAAGUUUGAUACCAGAUGUUGAUGAAAGCGCUGAUAGUGAGUACUCCAAAGAUUUUGAACUGGAUAGAUAAAGAGAAGAAAAGGAAUCCAAAGACUUGAAAGAAAAGUAAAAGAAAAAAGAAAAGAGUCCUUUCAAGGCUCAAGAAAUUUAGCAAUAUAAUUUUGAUAAUGAUGACGAAGAUGAUGAAGCUUUUUUCAAGAAUCUUUGA